AUGAGGAAUUGGCGCGGCCUGAUUGGCGCCUUGGACCGAGGAGCCGAGCUUGAAUCCCGCAACAGCAGCGGCAGCGGCAGCGGCAGCUCUCGCACGACCAACAACCCGUCAUUCUCACGGAAACGCCCACCAUUCGGAACCGACACCAUGAUCGCUCAGCGGGUUGGCGUGGCCGCCCUGCGCAGAGCAGCAGGAGCAGGAGCAGGAGCAGGAGCGUGGGCGCGGCCCUUUGUCCUCGCCCCCUUGCCCAAGGCGGGAGCGGGAGCGGGAGCGGGAGCCAUGGCCGCCGGCACGCAGGCGCAGGCCCGCGCCGUGGCGACGGCCAAAGUGUCCCAGGACGACGGGCACCGGAUCCUCGUCGAGCAGCGGCUGCGGCGGCCUGUCUCGCCCAACCUGGGCAUCUACAAGAUUGAGCAGACGUGGCUGGGCCACUCGGCGUGGACGCGCAUCACGGGGUGCGCGCUCUCGGGCGCCGCGUACGUCUACUUCGGCGCGUACCUGGUCGCGCCGCUGCUGGGGUGGCACCUGGAGACGGCGAGCGUGGCGUCGGCCUUUGCCGCGCUGCCGUUUGCCGUCAAGGGAGGCGUCAAGUUCCUGCUCGGGUUCCCGUUCGCGUACCACUUCAUCAACGGGCUGAGGCACCUGUGGUUCGAUCUGGGCAAGGGCUUCGCCAAGCCGAGCAUCCAGAGGGCUGAGAUGGCGCUGUGGACGUCGAGUAUUCUGAGUGGACUGUACUUGGCCUUUGGCUUGUGA